AUGGCGGAUGGUUCGCUCGAUGUCACUAUACCCAUAGCUGUUCUCGAUGGUCUUCGAGAAGUCGCAUUUCUAGCUCUUCUUCUCGCCGUUCUUUAUUGCUUCUUGCUAUGCGCUGCUAUCGUCGCCCUGUACUCUCUUUUGAAGAGCGGCUUACGUUCUUUACCCAACAAACUCAACUUCGCUGCUGUGAUCGUCAUGUCGAGCAUGACGACACUAUACACCGUUGGCGAUAUCUGUCAAGUCUGGGUUGUGUUUGAUGUCGUCGGCGGUGUCUCUAACUCGUUCGACAACCGCAUCUCAGCCUUGAUGGCUGAUGAUAGACUCAUAAAUGCUGCCUUUAGCGUCAAUGCCAUUGUCGGAGAUGCAAUUAUCUUAUGGCGAGUCAUGCUGAUAUGGUCUUGGCAAAAACGUGUCGUAUACCCAUCUAUAUUGCUACUCUGCGCUUCGUCCGUGAGUUGGUUGACAUCGACUAUAACACAGAGGAUGUAUGUUUUGUCGAAUUCGCUAUCCUUCACGAUUAGUCUGUGGGCCACGAUCCUCGUCUCAGUGAGAGCUUGGCAGCGCCGACGGAUGCUCCGCAAAUACGUCGCCGUCAUGUCGCGACACAAUACUCUGGAGAGCAUCUUCAAUAUCCUCGCCGAGACUGGUAUCGUAUAUACGGCAAUAUGGGCCUUCUAUCUCAUUGGCGAGGCAACCAGUGACAGCGUACCAUUCAGAGUGACCCUGACACUUAUCAUGUUCAUCGUUACACCGCUUUACCCGAUCAUGAUUGUCAUUCUCGUGGCGCAGAACAAGGUCCCAAUCAGCAACGAGCUCCAUUCCAUUGAGCCUAUGACCGUAGUACUGGAUAUAGGUAAACAUGCAGUGUCGGAUCAAGAUAGUGAAGAAGGGAAAAUCGGUAUGGCCUAA